CUUAGCGCCUGGCGCCUCCGCCUACUUCCUGGGUGACGACGUGGACCAAGGGGGGGUCUUCUGAAGCUGCCCACAGCAGGAGCCACAGCAGGAAAUACAGACAGGCCCCCUGCUGGACAUAGUUGUCAAUGGACAAUGUUAUCAGUUCAUGAUUGACACUGGCGCUACACAUUCACUUUUGAAUGCAGUAGUUCCAAAGAAACUGUGUGCUUCCUUUUUAAAGGUUGAAGGCUUUGCUGGGGUCACAAGGAUGUUACCUGUCACCAAACCACUUCCGGUUCAGAUUGCUGGACACUCGCUAAAGCAUCCCUUCGUGGUUGAUCAUCACACACCUUGCCUGCUCGGUAAUGAUCUGCUUUACAAACUGUACCCUGACAUCCAAUAUCGCACAGAAGGAACCUUCCUGGUGUUACCUGACGGCACUAUCACCAAGCUGCGACACCACUAUAAAGGCUCCUCCAUGUUUGUGCUCAUGCCUCAACCUGAGGUACCACAAAUGGCGGACAUCUACUGGACACGCCUCCUCCCGGAAACAAGUGAAGGACAAGGGCUGCUCCUGCUCUUCUAUCAGUGGAAGCCCUGGCUGACCGAGCUGCGUCCGUAUGUACCACCACCUGAUCCGCCACAUGUCACCUUAUAUUAUGAUCGCCAAUCUGAUGAAAGUUACCAAGAAGGUUUUGACACCAUAGCAGGGAAAGAGUGGCCUUUGGCCUACACUCACAUCUAUGCUGGAGCUCAGGGUGUGUCCGCCCAUGUCGAUUUCACUCCUCAACAGAAAAAAUGGUAUAAAAUGGACGCUACGGCAGUCCCACAUUGUUCUCUUGCUCUUUGUCCCGCCUACCAAGCCAAGGACUUGGGUCCAAUGACAAAACAGGGAGUAUCUGCCACUGAUUGGGUAGACACCCAAAUACCACACUUACAACAUUCUGACUCAGUUGAUAUGUUUCGUAUCUCCUGCUCUCAGACUGCUGACCUCGGGGUUCUACAACAUCUUCAGGUCGCUCGAGAGCAUGGGCAAGAACGAACAGACCAUCCUGAAGCUGCUGACAUGUUAAACACCCUCCCACUGACCGUUUGGUCUCAAGGUCCCACAGAUGUUGGUCUUGCUGUCAAUGCGUCCCCUGUCUCUGUCAAAAUUGACACCAGUAGUGUGGUACAUGUCAGACAAUACCCACAAAAACAACAAGCCAUAGAUGGCAUUACAGAUACCAUCUCAGGCCUUAAACAAUCUGGAGUAUUGGAACCCUCCAACUCUAAAUGGAACACACCUAUUUUGCCUGUUCCAAAAACUGGCACCUCUGUGUACCGGAUGGUACACGAUCUUAGGGCCGUUAAUGACGUCACAGUGACCCCUCCCAUACCUGUUCCUAACCCUUACACAGCACUCACCCAUCUGACCACUGCACACUGUUAUUUCUCUGUCAUUGACCUAGCGAAUGCUUUCUUUUGCAUCCCUAUCGCUGAAUGCAUCAAACAUGUCUUUGCUUUCACCUUUCAAGGUCAAAAGCUGCAGUACUCCCGCCUCCCACAAGGUUGGAAACUGUCGCCUGGCCUUUUCAACCAGCAAUUACGAGACGAUCUGGCCUCAGUGGAGCUUUUUGACGACACAUUUGUUGUCCAGUAUGUAGAUGACAUACUCAUCGCUGCUUCUUCUCCUACCUCAUGCCUGGCGGCCACCCUAGCUGUUCUUCAGCGUCUGGCCUCAACAGGAUACAAGGUCUCUCGUAAGAAAUUGCAGGUUGCCCGUUCCCUUGUUCAUUUCAUGGGGCGGGAGAUCUCCUCAACGGGGGUCUCCCUGUCCCCUGACCAUCGCCAGUCUAUCCUAUGUCAUCCUAAACCUUCUUCUGUCAAACAAUUACAGUCCUUCCUUGGAUUGGCUGGUUUCAGCCGCUCCUACAUUCCUUGUUUUUCCUUGAAAACAGCUCCUCUUCGUGCCCUCCUCCGCACUGCUGGAGUCCGCAACUCAAAUGCUGCCCUCCAGUGGACGGUUGAGGCCGAACAAGCUUUCAUUGACCUCAAGCAACAUUUGUCUUCUGCUUCUGCCCUUGCAGUACCAGACUACAAACUACCCUUCUACUUAGAUGUUUCUGAGAGUGAAGGUACUGCUAACGCUGUCCUUUUUCAGAAACCUGAAGGGGGAGGUAUAGGGGGAACGCGUUGCGUUUUAACCUACACCAGCAUUCUGCUUGACCUAUCUGAACUUCGACAUCACACAUGCUCGCAACAUGCUUCCACUUUGGCAAAACUGAUUGACAAAACGGCACACAUUGUCAUGGGACACCCACUUACAGUACUGACAAACCACACUGUCAUUGCAUAUGUAUCAUCACAUUUGUUUACCAUGACGCCACUCAAACAACGCAGACUCAUGAAAAUUUUGCAACAACCUCACAUAACUUUUACACACGAAGGAAUCAACAUGGCUGAUAACAUAAAUAGUGGAGAACUACAUCACUGUGAGGAGAGAGUUGCUUUGACUGAAAAGAUAAGACCAGACCUGUUGACCACACCCAUCCCAGGCUCCCACUGGCUGUUCACGGACGGCUGUUGUUUCAGACAUCCUCUAAAGGGAUUGCAGGCAGCUUGGUCAGUGGUACAGCAGUCCAGCUCAGGAGAAUGGGAGACCUUGGCCACCCAGACACUUGACGAACAGCUGUCGGCACAAAGAGCUGAACUUGUGGCUUUGACAGAAGCCCUAAAGCAAGGAAAAGACUACGAAGUGACUAUCUUUACAGACUCGGCUUAUGCCUUCAUGUCAGCUGUCAUUGACCUUCCUAAAUGGAAGAGAAAUGGCUUCCUGACUGCUGAAGGACAUCCGAUUAAAUACAAGACAGAAAUGGAAGCACUGGAAACAGCGCUGCUCCUACCUAAAAGGAUAGCUAUUGUCAAGUGCAAGGGACACAGUAAGGAAAAAGGGACAGUAACUGAUGGUAACAACUUUGCUGACUCCGUAGCUAAGCAAACUGCUGGCUAUGACAAGACUGGAAUUAUCAUGACUGCCACUGCCUGCCAGACAGAACUCCUACCUGCCCUGUCUGAUAAUGAAAUCAGAAAACAUCAGGAGCAGGCCUCACCACAAGAGAAAACUUUGUGGCUGAGAAGAGGCGCUAGACAAGACCCGACAGGUCUUUGGCGAGGGCCAAAUGGUCACCUGGCCUGGCCCCCAGGAAUUAGACAAAAAAUGCUCCGAUGGGCCCACGGUCCCGGACAUGUGGGGGCAAAGCAAACAAAAGCGAACUUGUCACUAUGGUGGCACCCCUAUUUGGAGAACAUUGUGGACAACCACGUCAGAUACUGCGAUAUCUGCCAGGACUUUAACCCCAGACCAACACUGAAACCAGAAAUGGGGACUUUCCCCAUUCCGGCACAAAAUGGUGAAGAAUGGACGAUCGAUUACACUGACAUGAUCAAUCCGGUACAAGGGAAAAGGUACUUGCUAACUUGCGUUGACAAUUACAGUGGAUGGCCGGAAGCAACUCCAACCUCAAAAGAGGAUGCAAAAUCAGUAAUUAAAUGGCUUGUUAAUGACCUAAUUCCCCGACAUGGUUUCCCCAAAAAGAUUAGGUCAGACAACGGCACCCAUUUCAAAAAUACUCACCUAGCCUUGGUCGAAAAGGCUCUCGGACUAGAACACAGGUUUGGUUCGGUGUACCAUCCUCAGUCCCAAGGUAAGGUCGAGAGAAUGAACCAAAACAUCAAGACAAAAUUGGCAAAAAUCUGUGCACAGACCAAAUUGAAGUGGGUUGACGCGUUACCAUUGGCUUUAAUGACCAUCCGAAUGUCCAUGAACAAAACUGGUUUUUCACCCUAUGAACUGCAUUCAGGUCAGCCCUUCCCAGGACCAGCUGCCUCCCUGGAAGGAAGAAUCAGCGUAAAACCAAAAUGGUACUUUGAACAAAUUCAGAAUUUGUGUAAUAAUUUCUCUGCACAGAUUCGUGGACAACAAUCCACUCCUCCAGGGACCCUCCCUCCCGUAGAGUGGGUCAAGCUCAAAGUCAUCAAACGCAAGUGGACGGAGCCCAGGUGGACUGGUCCCUUCAAGGUCGUGGAACGGACGUCUCACGCCCUUCGACUAGCUGGUAAAGGGGACACCUGGUACCACCUCUCCCUCUGCACUCCUGCUGAAGAACCUGAUAGAUCACCAGCGGAUGUCAUUGCUGACAUAGCCACAUCAUCUGCCCCACUCGACCCCCUAGCAGCGCCUUUUGAGCCUGAGGCAGCUGAAGAAGAACGGGAGCAGAAAACGACUCAUUUUUAGUGGGUCAUAGAAGAGCGAGGCUUUAAUUACACACACAUAAUCCUACAGCCCAGAAGACGACGCUGAGAGAGAGAUUUUCUACCUAUAUUACUCUUUUUAACUUCUAUAUUGUAUAUCCUUAUUUGAGACCAGCCUUUAUACUCGAAG